CUCCUGAAGGAUAUCACUUUUAUAAUGGCUCCUACUUUAAACACUAUCGAGUGGCUAAAACGGAGCCUCAAGCCGUUGCCGCCUGUGCUUUAGAUGGCGCCCGUUUAGCUCGAGUUCCUGAUCUGGCUACCCACAACUUUCUGAAGACUUUGAUCUCUCCUCCUUCCAACACGUGGGUUGAUGUACAUAAAGUGAAUGGUGUAUGGCAGUAUGAACAAGGAUUCACUUCCUGGUACACGGGGGAGCCGAGAACUGAUGGAGACUGUGCCCAUAUGUGGGAGAAAUACAACAUGAACUGGAACGACAUCUGGUGUGCAGAGCCUCUUCAUUACAUGUGUGAAAUUGUUAUUUACUAA